AGGCAAGCCGACAAAAACAAGUUCCACACCUGCGGUGGUCCCAGGCGCCGCCCCUGCCUUGGCGAAGGCAGGGGUCGGCGGAUAUACAGAUGCGUUAAAUUGAGCCAAGCCGCAGUCCUUUUGCCUCAAGAUUUGGCUCGUUCCUUUCGCUCUCCUUCGACAUCUCAGUAUGUGGCGCCUCAUUGCAACAGUGUGCCUCACAGCUGCAGCAGAGUUCACUCCAGACAAGUUGGAUGAAAUGACAGCUGCGAUCCAAAAGACCGCUGGUGAGUUGCAAGACAAGGUGGUGUCUUUGAGCAAAGAGAUCACCCCUCUGGUAUCGAAAAUCCCAACUUUCCGGGACAAAUGGCAAUUGCAAGUACUGAUGAGAAGGCUGCCAUUCAAAAGCAGUUCAAAGAGACCUGGGCGCAGCUCUGCACCGAUAUCGACUCUUUGGCCAAAGUGCAGGCAGAUGUCGAGAAGGAGGCAGGUGACGCCAAGGACACUGUGGCCCAACUAAACUCUCAAGUUGUUGAGAUGGCCGGUAAUCCUGAGCAGAUCAAGGAUCUUCCUACGAUGCAACACUACUUGGGCAAGUUCCAGACUGCCAUUCAGACCCUGGAUGCUGCAGACACCUCCGCUAAGACCUACACUGCCGUCCAACUCAGCGCUUGCCAGAAAGAUGAAAACGGUGCCCCUGCUGCAACCAGGUUGUUCGAGAUGGGAUCAUUGUCUCGUCCCACAUUCCAUCUUCCUUCCGCUCUCUUGGGCGCGGUGGGUGCGACUGUCAUUGGAGCAGCGCUGGUGGUCUUCCGAACCAUGGGCAAAUCACGCUCGAACCAAGUGGCAUUGAUGGAGGAAGGCAACCUUGAGUGAGCCGCUAGCGGCUGAGCGUGGUAUCGUACACUCGUCAUAGAUUCAUUUACCUGCACCCUUCAGG